AUGAGUAAUAGAUCUCGAAAAAUUAUUGAUUUAGUUACUAAAAAAUAUGACCAUUGUAAAAGUGGACAAGAAAAUAUUCUAGAAAUUAGUGAUGUUGUCCAGAAUGCAACGGAAAGAGAUUCACCUUUACCUCCAGGUGCAAAUUUCACCCAAGAACAGUUAUCAAUUCUGGAUGACAUUGAUAUUAUGGAAGACACAGAUACCUUAUUUCAAGAUCUGCCAUCAAACUCUUCUAUUUUUCCGAGUGAUGCUGCUGAAUUUUCACCAGUUUCUAACAAUGAAAACUGUACUGAAGUAAGAAUUAUGCAAGCUACUUAUUUAACAUCACCAAGUUGUGAAAAAAGACACGAUGAUACUCCAAUACCAUCACCUUACGCUGAUUUUUAUCCUAUACAUUUGUGCGAUGAUACCCUGUCUAUUGAAAGUCCUAUAUCGACAUCGACACCUACUAUUAAUGAUAACGACACAGAUUCUUCAAUGACAACUCCAACUUGUCGAAGCCACAAACGCAUUUCGGCCACUAAAAAAGACAAAGGAAGACAGAGAGAACGCUUUUCAAAGGAGUGGAAAGAUGAGAUAAGAAAAAGGAACGUUAACAGAGGUUUACAAUAUAUCAGCAGAAAUGGAAAAGUGCAUAAUAAAAAACAGCCAAAACCUUCAUGUCCAACCACAUGCAGAAAGAAGUGCAAUGAAAAAAUAUCAGAAAGUAAAAGAGCAAAGAUAUUUAGCAUGUUUUGGGACAUUGGCGAUCAUUCCAGACAGUGGGAUUUUUUGACAAAAUAUGCAACUAAGAAUGGAAAGAAGAGAUUAACAACAGACCAUGAAAAUACAAAAAGAUUGAGUACAAUAUCUUAUACUUUACCUAUUUAUGAAGCCGACAACGUGACUAUCAACAAAAUUCCUGUCUGUAAAACCAUGUUCUUAAAUACUCUAUCAAUAAGUUUCAAUUUCCUAUAUACAGCUUUACGUAAACAUGAAAAGGGGCAUGGCGUGGUUGAGUCCGAUAAGAGAGGAAAGCAUGGUCAACACAUAAAAAAACUUACCGAAGAUAUGAAAAAAAGUGUACUUGACCAUGUUGGAAGUUUCCCACUUGUGGAAUCUCAUUACACACGUAAAGAAUCAACUAAAAUGUAUCUUGACGGAUCUUUAUCAUUCCCUAAAAUGUACUCGUUGUAUGAAGAAUGGUUUGAUUCAACUAAGUACACAGAUAAGGUGACUAGCGUGCGGCAAUAUCGUGACAUUAUCAACAAAAAUUUAAAUAUUAGUUUCCACAAACCAAAAAAAGAUACCUGUGAAGAAUGUCACAUAUUUGAAAAUAACAAAGAAAAGACAGAAAAGGAUAUAGAAAAACAGACAAAGCAUCUAACAUUAAAAGAUUUAGCCAGAAAAUUAAAAACAGAAGACAAAGACUCAGCACAGCAGAACCCUGAAAUACUUACAGCAGCCUAUGAUCUCCAAAAGUGCUUGAAUGUACCCCAUGGAAAUGUUAGCACAUUUUAUUAUAAACGAAAGCUUACCGUUUAUAAUUUUACUAUUUUCGAUAUAGGAUCUCGUCAGGGUUAUUGCUUUUCCUGGCACCAACAGACAGCUAAAAGAGGAGCAAAUGAAAUUGCUAGCUGUGUUUAUCAAUUUAUCGAAAACACAGUCAAAGAAGGCAAAAAAGAUUACCGAUUCUGGUCUGAUAACUGCGGUGGUCAAAACAGGAACAGGAUCGUUUUUCUGAUGUACAUGAUGGCAUGUUAUAAAUAUAAAAUACAGAUAAGUCAUCGUUUUUUGAUUGUUGGCCACACGCAAAAUGAAGGUGACAGUAUGCACGCCUUAAUUGAGAGACAAAGCAAGGACAAGAUACUUUAUAUACCUGCCCAGUGGUAUAUGGCGUUUCAAUUCGCAAAAACUGAUGAUAAACCUUACAAAGUAACGGAAGUGUCCCAAGAUAUUGUAAUGGACUUCAAAGAUAUGCUCAAAAAGCUCAGCAAUUGGACGUUUGCAAGCGAUGGAUCGAAGGUACAAUGGAAUAAAGUUACCGAAGUUUUGGUUAAACCAGAAAAUCCGUACAAGAUAUUUUUCAAGACAAGUUUUAUGGAAGAGUCAUAUAGCUGGAUCGAUUGCAGCAAUAAACCAAAAACAACACGCAACAAAAAAACUCCUGAUAUUGAAGUUCAUGAUCUACAGCCAGCUUAUAACCGGCCGAUACCGAUUGAUAAAAAUAAAUACAAAGAUUUGAUGGACAUGUGUAACAAACUAGUUAUUCCAAAAGAAUAUCAUUCGUUUUUUUCUAAUUUGAUUCAAACAGACAACAAUUAUAAUACUGAUUCAGAAUAA